GUGUGUUAUUUAACUUUAGCAUAUCUAUUUUCAGUAGACAAAUAUUAUAUUUAAUAUUUAACUCUCACAAGUUCCAAGGUGUUAUAUGCUCUUUCGUACUUUGAAAUGGGGUAUUUAGUAGCUUACCAUAUGCCUGAAAUAGUUUUGUAUUGUGCUUAGAAUUAUGACCUACUCAAGACCUAUACCUACAGCUUUAGGAUCACCUUCCUGUUAUAAUAUUGGUUCCUGCUAGCUUGCUUAUUCAUUUAUUUGGUAUUUGAGAAACAUUCUUUUGAUAAUCUAGUAAUUGCUAACAGUUGGGAAAAUAUAUAAGACAGAACAUAUUUUAAUAGGUAGACAACAGUGUUACUAUAUUUGAGAAUUUAAUAUGAUGCCCAGUCAAAUUGAAAUUUCCCAUUUGGAAAACAAAACCAACAGUUUAUGUACUUCAACUGUUAAGCCCAAUGUUGUUAAUGCCAAUCUACAUGACCUCGAUACCAACUCUAAAGACAUCGGAUGUCACAAUAGGAGGAACUUGCAUGAAGUGGUACAAUCCAGUAAAACCCUUGCAGUGUUUCAAAAACGCAGUUUAAAAAGUGACAAUUAUUUCUGUAAAAAAGUGGAUGACGAAAAGCUAGUGUCCACUGAAAUAAUCCAACCUAGACAUUUAAAGUUUGGUAAACCUUCAAAUACAGAGCUGUGGAAGAUGAGACAAACCGAUGACCCCAACCUAGCAGGUUAUAACCCGUUUAGAGGAGACUUCAAUAUUGAAUUCAACAAUAGUGCAGAAGGUAUGUUGUGCUUGGCUGGUAUGUUGAAUGAUUUCAGUAAUGACAAAGAUAAUACAAAUGAAAAUGAACGAAAGCUAUUGGAAGAGCUGCAGAUAGCUUUGAUAGAAGGGUACAAUUUACAGCUUGUAGAAAGGCAAAAAAGGAAAAAUGUUAUAAAAAAACUAGGACUGAUCAAUCAAACAGGCACUUACCAGUGGUACACCAGAUAUGAGGGUGCACUGGGCAAAUCAGUGUGGAAGAACUUGAUCCGUUUCUCUCGUCUAAUGGAUGUAGACAAAACCGAACAUCUUUACGCCAGUCUAGAAAUCAUGAAUGAGCAAAGAGCAUUAGUAAAUAAACUAAUCUUUUAUCGAACUCAACAUGGUAUAACUACUAAACUAGGAAUGAAGGUUUUUGAAAUGGAAAGAAAAAAGAGAGAGGAGCCGUUUGAAAGGGUUGAUAUCCGAAACUUGGCUCUGCCGACUACAGUAAAGAGAAAACAAACAACCCGACAAAUAUUUCAUUUACCAAGGUACAAAGAUCUAUCAGUGAAAGAAGCUGAGUUGUGCUCCACCAUCGGACUGGUUCCUGUGUUCUACCUGGAUACAAAAGAUCAACUGAUUUCAGACUGUAAAAAAACUAACGGCAUCCUACUGAAGAGAGCACGGAAGUUAGUCAAGAUUGACGUCAACAAAACAAGGAAAAUAUUUGACCUAUUAAUGGAACAAGGAUUGAUCUGGCCUCCAGAAACAGAAAACAAAGAGACCUGAUGAAGUUCUACAAAAAAAGAAGAGCACAUUAUGAAAAGUAGUGUCCUUCAGCUUUUAUAAGGUCCUGAGCGAAGAUGAUAAACAGGGUGUGCUCAAUAUGUACAGACUAAGGCCCCGUUGUAGCUGAGCAGCAAGAGCGACGCGUCCACAAGCGCGACAGACGCUGCACCUGACGAAGACCGAGGCAGAUGACGAUGCCGCUCUAUCAUGUCACCAGUGUAGUGCUACCAAAUACAAACCUGUUUUAUCUUGAAGCACGACCAACAAUAGUGACGGUCCCUCUUGCUGCUCAGUGAGGUCACUCAAAUUACUUACCAUGUGUUUGUACCUGUCGCGCUUGUCAGUCACAUUGCUCUUGCCGUUCAGCUAGGAUGGGGCCUAAUAAAUCUCUAAAUUUUAUGGGGCAGCUUAACAGUUUUUAAUUUAAAAAGGAUAACUAUAUAUUUUUUUGCACAAAAAGUGACUUGUUAUCUCCUUUGGGAGACUGCCUUUGAAGAGGAAGCCAAGGUUAAAUUAUAUUAUAUGAGCAUCCAGGUGAAACUAGUGCAAUGUGCAGUUUAAAAAUUCAAACCUUAAUGUACAUGUUAUUUUAUAAAUUAUUAGAUUGAAAUAGUUCAUAUAUGUCUUUGUGUGUACAUGUAUGUAUGUAUUAACCUUUAGAGACCGUAUUAUUAUUAUUAUAAUUAUUAUAUAAUAUGUAAUAUACUUUAGUAAUUUAUUAUAUUAGUAUUAUGUUAAAUAACAUGUAUUUUAGUUUGUACAUUUUACUUAUUUUAUAAAUAUUUAUGGGAAUUAUAUUUAUUUGUUAUUCUAUUGCCUGCCAAAUGAAAUUCAUUUUAGAUUUCAAGUUAUAAUCAGAUGAGUUAUUCAAUUUGUUGAAUUUUAAGUAAUUAAAUAAAAACUAUUCUAAAUGUGAUUUAGAUUAAUUUUGAUUCCAUGACAGGUUCAUGAAAACAUUUGGUAUUUUUCUUUACUAAAGGGUAGCCAUUUAUUGUUUUACAAUAUUGGUCUGUAUUUCACAACAAUCCCCUGAGAUUACAGUAAUCAUUAGUUCUGUAAUUUCCUUGUGUAAGCGUGAAUGCUACUGUUGGUGCUAUAUUGUACACUAUCAUUUAAUUUCUAUUUUAUUGCAUUUAUACAGCCAAUCAUUCAUAAUAUAAUGUAAACAUUAUUAAUAAUAGUAAUUAAUAAAGGUAAUAAAUACUACCUCCUCAGGAAGGUCACAUGAAAAUGACGCAGGAAUUUCCUGACGCUGAAAUGCUGACCAAUGUGUCAGAAGUAAUGGUUAAGAAAUACUC